AUGUAUGGUGGUCAGUCCAAGACUGAGGCAUCGCAGACCGUUAAUACGUGGAACAAUGACUUCCUUACUCUCGACCUGACGAAAUCAUGGGAUGCGACAUCGCCUUCCCUUAAAGACAUGACGAUACCCAAUGGACCCCCGGCUGUAGCCAACGGUUUCUUGUGGCAUGAUUACAACAAUCUUUACCUCUAUGGCGGACAAUUUGCAGACAAUGACGGCGCAGAAGGCGUCUACGCCACGGUUGCUCCGAUGUCAAUCUGGCGCUAUUCCGUCAAGGACGGUUCCUGGAUUGAAUUCAAAGACCCUCGCACAUCAUCUGGCAAUUAUUCGACCGCAGGCAACACGCCUGUCCAGCGCUCUGCAGAAGGCGCUGGCUUGUCAGUACCCGAACUUGGUUUGAGUUGGUAUUUCGGCGGCCAUCUUGACUGGCUCACGACUGAGGGCUGGUCGACUCAAACUCCUAGAGUAUAUCUCAAAAGUCUUCUGGAGUUCACCCACCCCGGCUUCAUGAACACCGGUGUCGACUCACUGCGUGGUGCUGGGGCCGCAGACGGUGGUGUCUUCCGUAACAUCACGGAGGGUGGAUUGCAAGAGACUGAUGCCUUUCCCGAAAGAGCGGAUGGCGUGCUAGUAUUUGUCCCCGGCUGGGGUGUCAGAGGUGUUUUAAUUGGCAUGGCCGGAGGAUCAGACAAGACGUUCGUCGAUGAUCUAGGGACGCUCGAUGUCUUCGAUAUUGCUACCUCCGAGUGGUACCAUCAGCGGACGACCGGUGACAGGCCAUCUGUGCGCGUCAACCCUUGCGCUGCAAUCGCUAGCGCUCCCGACGCUUCGAGCUUUCAGAUCUACUUCUUUGGAGGCCAGAACCUCCAACCCUUUUAUAAUGAUAUGUACAUCCUUUCUAUUCCUGCGUUUACCUGGAUCAAGGUGGACGCAGGUGAUGGAGUACCCGCGCCUCGAGCCGGGCAUACAUGUACCAUGCGCGACGGUCAGAUCAUCGUCGCGGGUGGAUAUAUCGGCGAAGAACCCAAAUGCGAAUCCCAAGAAGUCUACGUGUUUGACGCGAGCACCCUUCAGUGGUCAAGCGGGUUCAAGGCUGGGGACCAUCCAGCGGAUCUGAGCUCCGAAAACUCAGUCCAGGCGGGAUCUUACGGGUACAAGGUACCCGGUAAGGUGCAAAGCGUCAUCGGGGGCAAUUCGGAGGGCGGAGCCACCGCAACGACCCCCGCCGCCGGCCCUGCUACCGGCGGUCCGUUCGCAACAGGCAAGCCUCCGGUUUUCACAAUCACGCAAGGUGGCUCGACCGCAACGAUCACCUCAUUUGGUCCUACUAGUACUUCUGCCCCUGGCGAGAGUUCAGGUGGUAGCGGAGGUACCAAUCCUGGUCUCAUCGCAGCGGGUGUCAUCGCUGGGAUUCUUGGUGCCCUUGCGCUGUACCUGGGUUUCUGCGCCUGGCUUUACCGACGUCAGGUUGCCGCUUACAAGCAGCAUUUGUCCCAAGUAAACCGCUACUCGGGCGCUAGCCCUAUGCAUUUCGGAGCCGCCAAUUUCUUCCCUAGCCGGGCCGAGAAGAACAGUCGCGGACACAAUCGCGAUAAUAGCACAGUUAGCGAUGAGUCCUUCUCGUGGGUCGGGACUGGAGUGGAACCAAAGUGGAUGACGGAUGAUCCCACCCCAGGCUCCGGAUCUGGUGGCACUGCCAACGUCAGUGGUAGCGGGCUGAAGAGGAAGAGCGAGGAUGCGAGGACGUUCAAGAGCGGCCCGAGUGGAACCGGGAACGACCCGCGAACAAGCUCCAGCAGACAUGCGAAUACCGACAACGAAAGCAUCUCAAGCACGGAGCAGCUGCUCGAAGGACAGGAGCCAAGUUUCUUUUCGGUUGUCAUGGGCCCUAGACGUGCUCUGAGGGUUGUCAACAGCACCGAGUGA